AUGUUCAAGGAACAACUCGGCCGCACCAUGAAAGUAUACAUCGAUGACUUGGUGGUGAAAUCCAAGGAAAAGCACGUCUAUCUAGCCAAUUUAGCAGAGACCUUCAGCAUUCUCCUAAAGGACAAGAUGAAACUAAACGCCUCGAAAUGUGCAUCGGAUCCAGCAAAAUUAAAUUCCAUUACUAGUCCUUGGUCGUUCGCUCAAUGGGGACUUCAUAUUGUCGGACCAUUACUGCGGGCUCUAGGGAACAAGGGAUUCCUAAUCGUCGCAACAAAUUAUUUUACAAAGUGGAUCGAAGCAGCGGCAUUAACACAUAUUCGAGAUGUCGAUGUUAAAAGUUUUGUAUGGAAAAACAUUAUAACUCGAUUUGGCAUACCAAGAGCACUUGUAUCCGACAAUGGCACCCAAUUCGAUUGUGGUGUCUAUCGGGAGUUAUGCAAUAAAUAUGGUAUCCGGCCGUACUUUUCCUCGUCGGCAUAUCCACGAAGCAACGGUCAGGUUGAGGCCUCCAAUAAAGUGAUCUUGGAUGGCAUCAAGAAAAGAUUGGAAAGGCGAAAGGCAGGUGGGUUAAAGAGAUGCCCAGUUUGUUGUGGGCUCAUCACACCACUCCGAGGCAAUCUACUGGAGAAACGUCGUUCGCUUUGUGAUUUGGGACAUAGGCUAUUAUCCCUCUUGAAAUUGGCUUGCCCACACUAA